AUGAGAACCCAAAUCAUCCGUGUUACUGCUCCUCUUCGGCACCGCGCCCUCACUCAACCUGUUCUUUCCGCUCGCCUGUACUCAACUUCGUCUCGCGCAAGCCCUCGUUUUACGCCGGGAAACAAAGCCCUCAGAGCCGCACCGUCAAUUCCAUUCUUAGGAGCAUUGUUCAGUUCCAAAGCACCCACGGAAGAGAUGUCGUAUCCCGACCAGCGAAGUGAUGAUCAGUGGCGGGCUGUUCUGAGCCCUGAGCAGUUCCGAGUUCUCCGUGAAAAGGGCACCGAGCGCCCCGGCACAGGAGAAUACGAUUCACAUUACCCGACCAAGGGCGUCUACACCUGCGCAGGUUGCGACGCGCCUCUUUACACUGCCGAUCAUAAGUUCAAGUCCGGUUGUGGUUGGCCCGCCUACUUCGACUCGAUCCCCGGAGCGGUGACACGGCAUACGGAUAGCACUUUUGGUAUGAAGCGCACGGAGAUCGUGUGCAGCAACUGUGGUGGGCACCUUGGCCAUGUGUUUGCGGGUGAAGGAUUUCCUACGCCCACGGACGAGAGACAUUGUGUGAAUAGUGUCAGUCUGCGAUUCACUGAGGAUGCAGAUGCCGCAGCGAAGAAGCCUGCAGAGAAGUCCAAGGCAUGA